AAAAAAGGAAUGAAAAAUCUAAAAGUAAAACCUCUUACCUUAAACCUCAGCCUAUCUAUCUAAGAACAAAAAUAUCCCCAACUGCAGAAGAGAAGAGAAGAGAAGAGAAGAGAAGAGAACCAGUUUCCAGUUUGGUUUAGGUAUAAGCAUAGCUGUAACUAUUUUUAACUAUCAAUCUAUCGCUUCAUAGACCAAACUAUGAUAAUGACCGAAGUGUGUGGCCUCCGUACACGCUGCCUACACUCCCUCCUCCGCUCUUCUUCCUCCUCUUUCUGUCGCCACGGCCGCCAAUUCGCCACCACCACAACAUGCUCCAUUCCCGUACCAAACAAAAAAGACAAGUUAAUUGUGAUUUCUGGUCCCACUGGAUCCGGCAAGACCCGUCUCGCAUUAGAGCUUGCCAAACGCCUUAACGGUGAAAUCGUCAGCGCCGACUCCGUCCAGGUAUAUCGUGGUCUUGAUGUAGGAUCAGCAAAGCCUACUGAGAGUGAACGAAAGGAAGUGCGGCACCAUCUACUUGACAUAUUACACCCAUCUGAAGAUUAUUCAGUUGGGCAAUUUUACGAGGAUGCAAGACAAGCAACUCAAGAUAUUCUCAAAAAUGGUCGUGUUCCCAUAGUCACUGGUGGGACUGGAUUGUACCUGCGAUGGUUCAUAUAUGGAAAGCCAGAUGUUCCUAAAGCCUCACCAGAGAUUGCAUCUGAAGUAUAUUCCGAGCUUGCAGAACUUGAGAGGAAUAAGGACUGGGAUGCAGCUGUGCAGUUGGUGGUCAAAGCAGGUGAUUCACAGGCACAGUUUUUGGCUGCCAAUGAUUGGUAUCGGUUGCGGCGUAGCCUUGAGAUAAUUAAGACUAGUGGAUCUCCUCAAUCUGCUUUUCAAGUUCCAUACAAGUCUUUCAAGGACCAAUUUGAUACAAGAUUAACAGACAGCUCCCAUGAUGUGAAUUCAUCUGGUGAUUUGGACUACGAGUUCAUUUGUUUUUUCCUCUCAAGCCCCAGACUUGAUCUCUAUAAAUCAAUUGAUUACCGAUGUGAAGAUAUGGUUGCAGGGAGCAAUGGGAUUUUGACUGAAGCCAAAUGGCUUCUUGAUGAAGGUCUUCUUCCAAACUCCAAUUCCGCAACUCGAGCAAUCGGUUACAGACAAGCAAUGGAGUAUCUUUUAAGGUGUCGAGAAGAUGGGGGUAGGAGUUCUGCUGGAGAUUUUUAUGCUUUUCUAUCAGAAUUUCAGAAAGCAUCUCGAAACUUUGCAAAAAGGCAAAUGACAUGGUUUCGUAAUGAGCAUAUCUAUCAUUGGCUUGAUGCUUCUAAACCUCUGGAAAUGGUGCUUAACUUUGUUUAUGAUGCAUACCAUGACCAAACCGGAAGCUUUGUUGUGCCUGAAUCACUUAGAAUGAAGAAAGAUAUGACUAGCAGACGGGAGGUUCUUCAACUCAAGGCUUAUCGCACCAAAAAUAGGCAUUUUGUUAGUCGUAAUGAUUGUUCUGAUAUACUUGACUGGAUAAGAACAACUCAAGGCGAAGCAGUGAGCGUAGUGUAAUUUCAUUAUGUCUAAUCUCUAUUUUGGCCCAUCUGAAACUAAACUUUCACAUGGAAGUAGCCUCGAAGUUUCUUCAAAAGUGAAACUGAUGGACAUGGACUCAGUGAUGGGCAUUGUUCGAGAAUUCACACUAGAAAUCUCGGUCUUUUUUCCUGAGUGGGCCAAAGCAUUGAGCAGAGAAUUAAUGUAUUUAUGCUCGCUCGUAUAUUUUUCUUUAUUUUGUCAGUGAAGCAAUAGGGUACGGUGGUAGCUGUGAACUGUAUAUGAAUGCCAGCAUGUUUCAAAACAUUAUGCUGUCAAUGAAUUUACCAUUUCACUUCUCCUUGAA